UGUAUCGGGUCGAAAUAAUUUUGAAGGUUAUGUUGUUAUGUCAGAGAAUAAGAUAUAAACAAGGGGGAUAAAUUAAAUAAUUUCAACCAAAUAACGACUUCAGACUUGUUAACAAUUAACCAUAUUUUAUAAUGACGACACGAAAACCUAUAUCCUGGUUUUUAACUGAACAAGGACGAAGAUUUUCAUUUGCGAUUGUUACCGGAACAGGCAUAGCACUUACUGCCGUAAGAUAUACUCCACAUACAUUUUUUAUAGAUAAAUACAGAGAUUACGUUCGUUACUACAGUGCAGGAAAACCGGUUGAACUUAGUGAACCACUUCAGCAAAGGUUUAAUAAAUGCCUUGAUAUUCUCAAUUUGUCUGAUGUUCAUAGAAGUAUUGUUAAACCUUUUAGUGUAUAUGGAUUUGAUUUAUUUCAUGCUGGAAGCACUUCUUCCAAAUUUGGGGCACAAAUUGGAAUACCAGUAAAUUUUAAUUACAAGUCACAUGAGGACAUUGAGAAAGACAAUGUGCUGGUUAAUCAAAAAAGAAUAGAAUUAACAACAGAAGCAGGAAGUAAAUUAAGUGAAGCUUUAAUUUUACCUGAAAAAGUUCAAGAGUUUGCAAUAUGUAGGGAAAUAUUAAUGACACAUAAUAGCAAAAUUAUGUUUGAUUCUGCAUAUCCGUUUACAGCUAUUUUCUUUGUUUAUAACCUUUCAUCGUACUUGAAUAGAAAGCUCAAUUUAUAUGCUGCACCAACUGCUUUACGAAGUAUCAUGUAUUCAAUAACUGGGCUUUUUGGAGUAGGUAUAUAUUUCCUAUUUAAAGAUAUGACUGAGGUGCAUUAUGAAGCCAGAACUGAUGAAGCCCUUUCUAAGCUAGGCCCAGAUUUUAUAGAGAGUGGAAUUAUAUUCUAUGAAAAACUAUUAGCAAGGAAUCAGGCUUUGAGAGAAUUAAUGGGUUCUGAAGGUGAGAGAAAGUACACUACAUUUGGAAAUGAAAAUUAUGGUAUACGUCAGCCACAUAUUGCAUUGGUUCACCGGAAACAAUUUUUUGAAAAUAUGUUGAAAGAGCACAAAAGCGAAAGUUCAGUUGAUAAAUAACUAACCCUCUGUUACUUGUAUAUUCAUUAUUAGUCACUAGAAUAUUAUGUCAUUAUUAUAAUGAACUACCUAAUUUUUAAUAAAAAUGGUUAAGUUUACCAAGUUA